AUGCUUUCUGUCGGCGUCCUUCCCGCACGACGAGGCUCCAAGCUGGGGAAGACGCCGACUCUGCUGCUGGUGGCGCAGAGCGCGCCGGGCGUGCAGGACUCUCCUGCAAUGCGCCACCGCUGGAGUGCCGCUCAGCUCCGGUGUGAGAACGACAAAUCUUGGGGGGGGGGGGGUGUGUGGGGGGGGGGGGGGGGGGGGGGGGGGGGGGGGGGGGGGGGGGGGGGGGGGGGGGGGGGGGGGGGGGGGGGGGGGGGGGGGGGGGGGGGGGGGGGGGGGGGGGGGGGGGGGGGGGGGGGGGGGGGGGGGGGGGGGGGGGGGGGGGGGGGGGGGGGGGGGGGGGGGGGGGGGGGGGGGGGGGGGGGGGGGGGGGGGGGGGGGGGGGGGGGGGGGGGGGGGGGGGGGGGGGGGGGGGGGGGGGGGGGGGGGGGGGGGGGGGGGGGGGGGGGGGGGGGGGGGGGGGGGGGGGGGGGGGGGGGGGGGGGGGGGGGGGGGGGGGGGGGGGGGGGGGGGGGUGGGGGGGGGGGGGGGGGGGGGGGGGGGGGGGGGGGGGGGGGGGGGGGGGGGGGGGGGGGGGGGGGGGGGGGGGGGUGGGGGGGGUGGGGGGGGGGGGGGGGGGGGGGGGGGGGGGGGGGGGGGGGGGGGGGGGGGGGGGGGGGGGGGGGGGGGGGGGGGGGGGGGGGGGGGGGGGGGGGGGGGGGGGGGGGGGGGGGGGGGGGGGGGGGGGGGGGGGGGGGGGGGGGGGGGGGGGGGGGGGGGGGGGGGGGGGGGGGGGGGGGGGGGGGGGGGGGGGGGGGGGGGGGGGGGGGGGGGGGGGGGGGGGGGGGGGGGGGGGGGGGGGGGGGGGGGGGGGGGGGGGGGGGGGGGGGGGGGGGGGGGGGGGGGGGGGGGGGGGGGGGGGGGGGGGGGGGGGGGGGGGGGGCUCAGCAGCUGCAGCACAGGGUUAAGACUGAAGUGUGA